GUAUUUAAAAGGUCUCUGUCCACAUUGUCUGGGUAAACAGCCCCUUACACGCAACUUUGUGAGUACAACUUUUUGGAGUCGACAGCGGUGAUGGGAGUGAGGGGGCGGAACCCUGCUGAGCCUGCGCACUGAAAGACAGCCAAUCGCUUCGCUCCUUUAACUGCCAGUCACCGAAAUCUGUCCAAUACCCGCAGUGCCAUUUCUAAACUGUAUUCCCCACUGUGUCCUCCAACUGUUGUAGGUUCUGCCAAUCGCUUGAGGACAGAGUGGGAAAAGGAACAAGCAGAGUUAGAGGCAGGACAAAAGAAGUUAUAUGGAUGGCUAUAUGCAUAUAUUUUAAUGUUUUAGAAGGCGUGUAGUGGGGGGAAAAAGUAGCGAAUGUGGACAUGACGGUGUAGAUAUGGAGCCCUCUUUGAGCAAGAGGAAUUCGGCGAUAAGAUUAGCGGAUUUGGCAGCGACUCAACCCCUUCCUCAUCAGAAUAUGACAGGCUUCCCGGGGAUAGGGGGGCAUCACCCUCACUCCCACCAUGCCCACCUCCACCCUGGGGAGAUGGGCAACGACCCUGGAGUGGCUCUCACUCCAUUUGGACCCGAGCACAUGGCACAGACAAAUGCUCUCAAACUUAGUCCAUCGCAGCACAUUCAAAGCCAUCCCGAAGCCCAGACCGCGGCAUCCUUCCCGUCUUCUCAGACCACAGUUGGUUUCCCCGUGGCUCACCCCCACUCAGGCUACGCAAGCAGCAGGGACUUCAUCCUCAGGAGAGAGCUCUCAGCCUCUGCUAUGCAUGCACUUGGCGACCAGCAUAGUUCCGCCUCCUCCCCUCAUCACCAUGGCAUGUUCAUUUCCCCAACAGGUGCUUACGGGCACACGGAAGGUGGUGCCCAUCCACUUUUCACGGGACUUCACGAGCAGGCAGCCCCAGGUGCCCAUCACCAUGCUCUCAACGGACAGAUGCGCCUGGGUCUUCCAGGGGACAUCUACGGCCGGCCAGAACACUUCGGCCACAGGCCCGAGCACUAUGGACCUUCCCUUCACGGCUACAAUUCCAUGAACUUAAAUGUGAACCUCGCUUCAGCCCCUCAUGGAGCCACGGGGGCGUUUUUGAGGUACAUGAGGCAACCCAUCAAACAAGAGCUUAUCUGCAAAUGGAUUGACCAGGAACAAACGGCUAAAAAACCGUGCUCGAAAACUUUCAGUACCAUGCACGAGCUGGUGAACCACGUCACGGUGGAGCACGUCGGCGGACCCGAGCAGAGCAACCACGUCUGCUACUGGGAGGAAUGUCCGCGCGAGGGCAAGGCGUUUAAGGCAAAGUACAAACUGAUCAACCAUAUCCGAGUUCACACAGGAGAGAAACCGUUUCCUUGCCCUUUUCCUGGCUGUGGAAAAGUGUUUGCCCGCUCGGAAAACCUAAAGAUUCACAAGAGGACUCACACAGGUGAGAAGCCUUUCAAAUGCGAGUUUGACGGCUGCGACCGAAAAUUCGCCAACAGCAGCGACAGGAAAAAGCAUUCCCACGUGCACACCAGCGACAAGCCGUACUACUGCAAAGUGCGCGGCUGUGACAAGUCCUACACGCACCCGAGCUCGCUGCGGAAACACAUGAAGGUGCACUGCAAGUCUCCUCCGCCACCUUCGUCCAGCUCGGCCGCCGCUUACCAUUCCUCCUCUGCGGCGCUCGGCGACGCGCUCGCGCCCUCCACGGAGCCGCAGCGGAGCCGCGCCGCCAACCUCUCCCCACAGGUCACCAACCUCAACGAGUGGUACGUGUGCCAGGGCAGCGCCGUCCCUAACAAUCUCCACACCCCCUCCAGCGAUGUGCCAACCUCGGAAUCCGACGACGAGGACUCUUUUAGACAUUCAGACCCAAGGACGAUGCUCUGAUAGGAAGCACUAGGGAUAUAUUUAUGUUGCACCCCUUUCCACACACUGUUUUAUAUACUUUUUAACAUCAUGCAUUUUGAGGCUACUCAGAAGUGUUGGCGAAAACACACACACACACACACACACACACACACACACACACGCACGCACGCACGCACACGCGCGCGCACGCAACAGCGCCGCCGAUGUCAGAUGGUGAAGAGCAUUUGCCAUCAGUUUCUACCAUACCUAACAUUACCCAACACUUUGCCCUUAACGUGCACAUGUACCACAAGCCCUAUUCCACACGAAUAGCAUUAAUAACGUUGAAUAAAUGUGUGAGUCGUUUUUUUUUUUUUUUUAGAACUAAAUUAUUCUAUUUAAUAUCAUACUGAGGGUUCACCCUCUGAUCAGCAAACCACUGGAUUCACGCAUUUACACCCUUUGCUUUCAAUUUUGGACCACGAUUUGUUUUUCCUGCAUUGCCGAAAGGACUGUGUGGGCUUAGCUGAUUAAGUCAUAACCAGCCUAUGAAGUGACACACCGACAUUGUUCAUAUGAAACAAUAAGCGGUGAUUGAUGUGUUUGUAUCAAUGACUGGACAGUUUUUUUUUAUAGCUUAUGGUUUUCCCCAGAGCUCUUUUGUAGUGAUGGACUGAUUCAUAUAUGUGGGGCAAUUGUCCUUUUCCAAGUGUUUCUAUAAUGUAAACAUUCCCGAUGUUUUUUUGCAAUGAGAAACCUGUUCAGACAGGCAUGUCUAUCACUUCUAUCCUCAGUGUCAGUUCACUUCUAGGGCAAAUAAAUCGGUACUAAACUGUACCUUUUCUUUGUCGCUUGAUAUUUUGUACAUUUAAUAUGAGUGUCACCUGUGAACACAAAGUCAUUACUGUAGCAGUUAUGUAGCAAGAAAAUAUUUAAAAAACAUAAUUGGGCCCUGAUGACCUUUUUUUGGACUAAAGGUACGGUAGACUUUAUAAUUUGAUAUAAAUCUUAAAGAUACAUAUUGAAAGUACAAAAUGUGUAUACUUCCCAGAUUUCCAUCCAAGCGACUUUUAUUCCUCAGAGUUUACUGAGAAACUGUUUAUUCUAGAAAUGAUUGAGUACUUGUUUUAAAAAAAUUUAUACAAUAAAUGUGUUCGGGAAUUUUUUUUUUUGUGGUAUUUAAGAACUAUUUAGACUGUAUUUUAUGUAAAGGAAAAUAUCCAAUGUAACUCUGAUUUAAGAGUACGAAUAUGUCCUCUGAGACCCUAAAUUAUGUAAAGUGGACAGGGUCUAUUCUCUGAAGGAUGUGUAAAAAGGAUAGUGUUUAUGCUUGUGAAUGUUGUGCUGAAGUCCCAACCAGUUUUUGUAUAAUGUAAUUUAUUUGCUGGUAAUAACGUUUGUUCUGGAAUUACAGAUACACCAAAGAAGAAUAUGAUUAAUUUUGGUGAAAUGUAGUGAUUUUUUAUCGUGUUGUGGGAAAUGUUUUACUUGAAUAGACUUAGCCUAUGUGUAAUGUGAAGAGACCCUCGCAUGCCCUGUGUAGUAACUGUGUUUUUAUUGCGGUGCAUGGUGCUGUUAUUUGUGCUGGGGAAAGAGUGAAGAGGUGUUUUUUUGGUGUUCGUGAUGAAAUUGCUAUGAAUAAAUUUAUGGA